CAUUGGCGUCCCGAUUCCAAAGUCCAUUCGCCUACACACAGCCACGGGUAAGCAGUUCGGCCGCUUCAGUUGACGAGUCAGUAUCUAACAUGGCGGAUUCUUCGUCUUUCGAUUCAGAUCGCCUUCUUGCUCACAAAUUCCCUGAGACGGAAUACACAUACACUGAAAGAGAUGCAGCACUCUAUGCUUUGGGCGUUGGAGCGUGCGCGCGGGAUGCCACUGAUGCCGAUGAGCUUAAAUAUGUCUACCAUGAAAACGGGCAGCAAUUUAUCCAGGUUUUGCCAACAUUUGCGGCUUUGUUUUCACUUGGCUCUCUGCCAAAUGGUGUCCAUCUACCAGGUUUGGAGUAUGAUCCACGUCUUAUGUUGCACGGGCAACAAUUUAUAGAGAUUUACAAGCCAUUUCCUUCAAAUGCUAGACUACAUAAUAAAGUCAGUCUUGCGGGAUUGCAUGAUAAAGGUAAAGCUGCUAUUCUUGAGAUUGAAACCAGAAGUUAUGAAAAAGAAUCUGGUGAACUACUAUGCAUGAACAGGACAACUGUCUAUCUGCGGGGUGCUGGUGGCUUCUCAGAUCCAUCUCAACCAUAUUCAUAUUCAAGCUAUCCAACCAACCAGGUUUCAGGUGUGAAAAUACCUAAAGUGCAACCUUUUGCGGUAUUUGAGGAUUUCACCCAACCAUCUCAGGCAUUACUGUAUCGGCUAUCUGGUGACUAUAAUCCUCUGCAUUCGGAUCCUAUGGUAGCAAAAGUUGCAGGGUUAGUGCAUCUUUUAACCACAAAACUAUUUUAUGAUCACCAUUGCUUCGACUUCAGUAGCAUAGAUGUGAAGGCAUUAUAGAUCAAAUAUCUUAUCCUCAUCCCUAUUUGUCAGAAAAUCUGGUUCCAUUGGGGUUCAGACCAUGCAUCUCUUUUUCUUGCAACCUGUUGUGUUAUCAUUUCCCAAUAUUGCAAUUAACUAUAUUCCAAACUUUAGUUGUUAUGUUAGGUAUGAAGAGAAAGUCCAGUUGAAUGACAGUGAUCCUUGCUUUAGCUAAAGAUUUGAGAUAUGCUGUUGUAGUUAUAUUCCUCCUUUCAUGUACUUGUGACGGUGAGCAUUAUUACCUUAUUAGGAUGUGAAUUGUUUUUGUAGUGGUAAUAACUUCCAUUGGAUAUUUUUUGUCUUUGCAUCCUUGCGUAUGGUCACUUGACUCUAAUUAAGCUUUAUAUUGAUCAGUUUUUCUUUUCCCCUUCAUCUUGAAAGAUUCUCGAGGCCAAUUUUGCAUGGAUUGUGCACUCUUGGCUUUGCAGUUAGGGCCAUCAUCAAAUCUCUAUGCAGAGGAGAUCCAAAUAUGGUAAAAAGCAUAUUUGGCCGAUUCCUUUUACAUGUGUUCCCUGGUGAAACCUUGGUUACUGAGAUGUGGCUUGAAGGCUUGAGGGUCAUAUAUCAGGCAACUGUGAAAGAAAGAAACCGAACUGUGCUGUCAGGCUACGUUGAUCUCCAUGGUUUGGCUUCAUCACUGUAAAUUAGCUGAAUGCAUCAAAUAUGAGUCUAUCAGUUUCUCAGUAAUAAGGUGACUCAAUUUCCGUAGUUCUUAACAUUGGCUUACGUGAGCGAGCAAUAUUUGAACCAUCCAUUGUAGAGGAUCCGGUGGCAAUGCCAGUUUACUCUCCAUUGCUGGUAUUGUGGGGUUCGUACAUGGAACCUGGCCUACCUGUUCCUUAAGACCAGAAAGAAAAACUAAUAAUAAUAAGCAUUGUUUUGACAAUUCAUGUAAAAUAAAAUAGAAAAGUGACUUGCAGUCUCUCGAUUUGCAAUCUC